CCACACAGUUGUGGCUUAUGUCGAGCAGCACUAGCAACAGCAACAGCAGCAGCACGCCCUCUACACCGACCCCGUCGUCAGCUGGGAAGUUCACCUGGUGUGUCGGUGUGGAUUUCGGUACUCGGACUUCGGUGGUGGCCUCUGCCCUCCCAGCUACUACAGCCAAGGCGGCUAUUGGCAUUGACGUCAAUGAUGUAUCCAAUAGAGCCACACCGAGUGCUGUUGCCCUUUCGGACGGCCUUCGUUUAACUGGUGAACAUGCAAUGGGCCAGAGUGAUGGUUACAUCUCCCAUUUGGCUUCCGCUCUCGAGGACCCUAUUGCUUGCAGCAAGCGGUUCGAGUGUGCCUGGGAGACUAAGCUUGGCCCCAUCACUCACGCUGAUCGAGAAGGCGUUGAGCUUACUCCCACUCAAGCUACUGCUAUAUACCUUAAGAAUCUUCGUUCCUAUGCAUCUUGCGAUGAUGCUGAGGUGCCAGACGUCAUGGCCAUCGCCGUUCCUAAUGGUUACUCAGACGAGGCCAUCGACAGACUUGUCAAAGCCGCAGCUCUCGCUACUCCAAACCAUCGUUUAGUGGUACUAGACCACAGCUUGGCCAUCGCUAAUGCCUAUCAGCACAAGGAGUCAACUGCUAAAUUAGAGGAGGCAGGAUUGGUACUCUUCGUCGAUGUUGGAUACUCCCAUGCAACGGCGACUGUGGUAUCGUAUCCCGAGGGGAAGAUAGUUGGUAGUGAAACCAACAAGAGCAUUGGCGUGUUCGAAUAUAUCACCACUAUUUGCAAUAUGAUCCGCGAUCAGUAUGGUGCUGUCAAGCUUUGCACUCGACGAGGACGCCGCCUCCUAGCUGCCUCAGAGAAGGCCCUUAAGCAGCUCUCGAUGCUGGCCGAUACCACACUCGAGCUUGAAUGCUUCACCGAGGAUGAUGGAGAUGUUCGUCUGCCUCUCACAAGGGCCAAAUUCGAGGAUGCCGCCAAGAGCAUAACGACCGCUAUUCAAGACAUGGUGGCUCGUGUUGUCGCCGCUGCUGGAGGCUCUCUGGGCAGGGCCGAACUCGUUGGAGGUGGAAGUCGCAUCCCCUGCGUACGGGAGGCGAUUGCCAAGGCCGCUGACGUCCCUUGUGAGCAGCUAGGUGCCGGCCUAGACGGUAGCAGUUGCGUGGCUGCUGGUGCCGCUGCCAUUGCCGUCGAUGUUGCACGAGGUGACACUGUAGAAGGUAUAAGGAAGGAUGUCCAGUUGACUGAUGAUAUGGUGGACCCCAAGGAACGGGAGCUCGAGGAAUGGAUGCAAGACGUUCAUGAUAAGGAGACAUCCCGUCGUCAUGCCAAGAACGCCUUCGAGACUUACAUAUAUACUGUCCGCGACUGGAUCAACGGCGACAAGAAGGGACUUCUUCCUAGGGAUAAGAUUGCCCCUCGUCUGGACAAGGAGGAGUUAUGGUUUGAGGAAAGCCAGUAUGCUGAAGUGCCGGUGUCGACUCAGGAGUAUGAGGAGAAGCUGAAGACCCUGGAAGAGUUCGUCCAGUCUGAGGGGGAAGCCUUCUUCAAGGCUCAAAAGGAGGACCGACAGAGAGCGGAGAAAGAGCUCGAGGAUAGGGCCGCUCAGGAGCAGGGGAAGGUGAAGGAGGAUCAUGACUACAGGAAGAUGCCUGCAAGUGAGAGACUCCGAAUGGCUGGUAAAAACAAGGAAGAGGGAAAUGUCGUUUUCAAGGCUGGUAACCUACAGGAUGCUGUUAGCCGGUACGCCCGCGCUAUGCAGCACUUGAACAAGGCGUUCGACAUGAGUCCCGAGCAACAGGCUGAACAUGAUUCGAUCGCCUUGUCCUGUCAUUUGAAUACCGCACAAUGUUAUAUUAAAUUGGCCACGAAGGAGGCAGCAAGCGAUAAAGCAAAAGCUGAGAGAGUCUGGGAGAAGGCUGUUGACGCUGCAACCGAGGCUGUGAAGAUCGAUGAUAGCAGUGUUAAGGCACAUUACCGUCUCGCUUUCGCCCUCGACCAUCUCGGAAAGUUCGAUGAGGGACUGACUUCUGCUAAGCGCGCGAGACAUUUGGCUCCAGAAGAUAAGGAAGUUGUGAGGCUCGAGAGCAGACUAGAGACCCAAAUUGAGAGGCAGAACGCCAAGGCCAAGAAAAUGUAUAAAAAGAUGUUCGCGUGAUCGAACUGUAAACAAUCGACAAAACAAAUACCCCUUUUAACCACUGUCACGUUUCGGU